AUGGUUAAGAAAAAGGCUGCCUCGUCGGGCUCAAAGCCGACUUCAGCACCAAGCAAUACACCACAGGCACCAUCGGACGAGCAGCCAAAGAAGUCAAUGGCAAGGGAACUCUUACAGAGGGCUUUUGAUGGAUUGUCAGCCUUUCGCAAUUUGACCAGCAGGCUAGUCCUCAGCACGGAGGAGAAGCCCGUCGGAUUCUCCUCUGUGAAACCUCAUAUGCUCGAUGAGCUGGAUAUCUGUGUAGGCCACCUCAACUUCGACAUGGAGAAACUAUUGGAUAUCGCUGCUACCCGUCACAUUAGUGAAAGGUUCAAGUUGGACCAGACCUAUGUACGAAGCGCAGGAUUAUCUACGAAGGAACAACUCGCUUCAAUUGCAUCUGCCAACUACCUCUUCAAAUCCAUAUUCCAUACGGACUUGUCAAAUAUACUAAAGAAUUCAUUCGAUGUCAAAAUCUCGCCGGAGUUGACUAUACCCGAGGGUAUCCACAAAAGCCCCAAAACCGGAGUUCAGUAUACGUUCCACGGAGUAGCCGAUUUUGUCACUUUCUUAGUCCAACAAACAGAAGACCUCGACGCCAGGGAUAUCAAAGACCUGCUCUCCGUGGAAGCUAUUUCUGGAGGGAACUUGGUGGUCGUCGAAAUAAAGAGCUCACAAACUGCUUUCCACGCACCUCAUCUGGCCGAGGCUAUGGCACAGGCGGUAAUGGCAAGUCAACACACUAGGUCUGAGUUAGGUAGUUCCUAUUCUUCCAAGUUUUGCCUCUACCAACCUGAGACCAGGACAUGCUACCUCUCGCCAAUACUCAAGGCCGAGACUCAUGGAGCUGCGGCUAUUCUGACGGUGCUUGAGGAAUGGGUGUGGUACUCAAACAACAUGAACUCGAGGAAGGAGCUGUGGAAGCUCAGACUCAAUCGAAGGCAGAAGGUAUAG